AGUACUACUGUCUUCUGGUAAAACAGGUUUCUGCAGCUAUCAAGACAAUGGAUUCUAUGCUGACUUUAACAGAAGAAACUGUUAAAAAGAGCACUGUUAAGAAGUAUAAAAUCAUUUGUGUUGUUCUUCUUGCUGUAUUGGUGAUUGUGACACUUGGAUUAGGCCUGGGGCUUGGACUCAAGAAACCUCUAGAGCAAGGCAGCUGCAGGAAAAAAUGCUUUGAUUCAUCAUACAGAGGACUGGAGAACUGCCGGUGUGAUACGGGAUGUAAAGAACGAGGUGACUGUUGCUGGGAUUUUGAAGACACCUGUAUGGAAUCAACUCACAUAUGGACAUGCAAUAAAUUUCGGUGUGGGGAGGCCAGACUACAGUCCAGCCUUUGCUCUUGCUCCGAUGACUGUUUGCAGAGGAAAGACUGCUGCAUUGACUAUAAAAGUGUUUGCCAAGGAGAAACUCCAUGGGUGAAAGAGGAGUGUGCUGCUAGCCAGAAACCUCAGUGUCCACAAGGAUUUGACUUGCCACCAGUUAUUUUGUUUUCCAUGGAUGGAUUUAGAGCUGAAUAUUUACACACAUGGAGUACCCUAAUGCCUAACAUUAACAAACUGAAAACCUGUGGACUUCAUUCAAAAUACCUGAGAUCUGCCUAUCCAACUAAGACCUUCCCAAAUCAUUAUACUAUUGUCACAGGCUUAUAUCCAGAAUCACAUGGCAUCAUUGACAACAAUAUGUAUGAUGUAAACCUCAACAAGAAUUUUUCACUUUCAUCUGUGACAAAAAAUGACCCAGCAUGGUGGCAAGGUCAACCAAUUUGGCUAACAGCAAUGUAUCAAGGUUUAACAGCUGGUACCUACUUCUGGCCAGGAUCAGAUGUGGCUAUCAAUGGCUCCUUUCCAUCCAAAUAUAUGGUUUACAACAGGAGUAUCACGUAUGAAGAAAGGAUCUCUACGUUGUUAAAAUGGUUGGACCUUCCCAAAGGUGAAAGACCUGAUUUUUAUACCAUAUAUGUGGAACAGCCUGAUUCCUCAGGACAUGACGCUGGACCAGUCAGUGCUGCAGUAAUUCAAGCCUUACAGCUAGUAGAUAAAACUUUCGGGAUGUUGAUGGAGGGCUUGAAACAGCGGAAUUUACACAACUGUGUCAAUAUAAUCCUUUUGGCUGACCAUGGAAUGGAACAGACUUAUUGUGACAAGGUGGAAUAUAUGACUGAUUAUUUUUCCAAAAUAAAUUUCUACAUGUAUGAAGGGCCUGCUCCCCGCAUCAGAUCUCGUAACAUACCUGCUGACUUUUAUAACUUUGAUUCUGAAGGAAUCGUUAGGAACCUCAGUUGCCGAAAACCUGACCAGCAUUUCAAGCCCUAUUUGACUGCUGACUUGCCAAAACGACUACACUAUGUCAAAAAUGUCAGAAUUGACAAAGUACAUCUUUUGGUGGAUCGACAGUGGCUGGCUGUGAGGGCCAAAGGAAAUACGUUCUGUGGUGGAGGCAACCAUGGUUAUGACAAUGAGUUUAAGAGCAUGGAGACUAUCUUUGUGGCACAUGGACCCAGUUUUAAAGAGAAGACCGAAGUCGAACCGUUUGAAAACAUUGAAAUCUAUAACCUACUAUGUGAUCUUCUACACAUUCAGCCUGCACCAAACAAUGGUACCCAUGGUAGUCUGAACCAUCUUUUGAAGGAACCUUUCUAUAAACCAGCCCAUCCAGAAGAAGUGUCAAAGUCUUCUCGUUGUGAAUUUACUACUCCACUGCCCACGGAUGAUCUAGGGUGCAAAUGCCCUGAAUUACAAAAUGAGACUGAUCUAUCAUCUAUGAAUGCAAGACUAAAUCUCAAAGCAGAAGAAAUAUCAGCAACAGAGAAACAAAACUUGCCAUUUGGGAGGCCGAGAGUUAUGCAGCAAAACAAGGAACACUGCCUUCUUUAUCACAGGGAGUAUGUCAGUGGAUUUGGGAAAGCUUUCAGCAUGCCUUUGUGGAGCUCUUACACUGUCCCUAAAUCUGUGGGAGACACAUCGCCUCUUCUCAAUGUCUCAGACUGUCUGCGGGCUGAUGUCAGGGUUGCUCCUUCUGAGAGCCAAAAGUGUUCCUUCUACACACCAGACAUGAAUAUCACCCACGGCUUCCUCUAUCCUCCUGCAAAUAAUAGAACUCCAGAUAGUCAAUAUGAUGCUUUGAUUACAAGUAAUUUGGUUCCUAUGUAUAAGGAAUUCAAGAAAAUAUGGAAUUACCUUCACAAUGAUCUUCUUGUAAAACAUGCCAUGGAAAGAAAUGGAGUAAAUGUGAUUAGUGGGCCAAUAUUUGAUUAUAAUUCUGAUGGUCGUUUUGAUACUUCAAGUGAAAUUAAAGAAUAUGUACUUAACACCAACGUUCCCAUCCCAACACACUAUUUUGUGGUGCUGACUAGUUGCAAAAAUAAGGCCUACACCCCUGACAACUGUGUUGGCUCAUUGGAUGUCCUGCCCUAUAUCAUUCCUCACCGACCCACCAAUGUGGAGAGCUGUCCUGGAGAUAAACCUGAAUCCAUUUGGGUUAAAGAACGAUUGGAAGCACAUGUUGCCCGUGUCCGUGAUGUAGAACUUCUUACUGGACUUGACUUUUAUCAGGAAAGAUCUCAGCCUAUCUCUGAAAUUUUGCAGCUGAAGACUUAUUUACCCACAUUUGAAACCAUCAUUUAACCAUCAUUUAACUUAAUAUAUAAAAUAAUCGGGGCAAAAUGCACAUGAUUU